AUGGGGUCGGGCGUGGGCUCGCCCUCUGAGACUCUCCGCGUCCGGUGGCUGCUCUUGGUGGGCUUGCUGAGCCCGGCCCUCGGCGGGGUUCGGUCAGGCUUUCAACAGACCUCCCAUCUCUCUUCUUAUGAAAUUAUAACUCCUUGGAGAUUAACUCGAGAACGAAGAGAAGCCCCUAGGCCCUUCUCAGAGCAGGUAUCUUAUGUCAUUCAAGCUGAAGGAAAAGAGCAUAUAAUUCACUUGGAAAGGAAUAAAGACCUUUUACCCAAAGAUUUUGUAGUUUAUACCUACAGCAAGGAAGGGGCUCUGAUCUCUGACUACCCUAAUACACAGAAUCAUUGUCAUUAUCGGGGAUAUGUAGAGGGUACUUACGAUUCAUCCAUUGCACUCAGCGACUGUUUUGGACUCAGAGGCUUGCUGCAUAUAGAAAAUGUGAGUUAUGGGAUUGAACCCCUGCAGAACAGCUCUCAUUUUGAGCACAUCUUUUAUCGAAUGGAUGAUGUCCACCAAGAGCCUCUGAAAUGUGGGGUUUCCAAUAAAGUUAUGGAAGAAGAAACCAUAAAGGAUGAAGAGGAGCAUCCUAGCAUCACUCAGCUGCUUCGAAGAAAAAGAGACAUCUUGCCACAGACCCGCUAUGUAGAGUUGUUCAUUGUUGUAGAGAAGGAAAAGUAUGAUAACAUGGGAAAAAACCAGACUGCAGUGCGAGAAGAGAUGAUAAGCUUAGCCAACUACUUGGAUAGUAUGUACGUUAUGUUAAACAUUCGAAUUGUGCUAGUUGGGCUUGAGAUUUGGACAAAUGAAAAUCUGAUCAGUAUGGCUGGAGGUGCUGGUGAUGUGUUGUCGAACUUUGUACAGUGGCGGGAAAAGUUUCUUAUAACACGUCGGAGGCAUGACAGUGCACAGCUAAUCCUGAAAAGAGGGUUUGGUGGGACUGCGGGAAUGGCGUUUGUGGGGACAGUCUGUUCAAGGAGCCAUGCGGGUGGGAUUAAUGUGUUUGGGCAGAUCCCAGUGGAGACAUUUGCAUCCAUUGUUGCUCAUGAGUUGGGUCAUAACCUUGGAAUGAGUCAUGAUGAUGGGAGAGGUUGUCACUGUCCUGUAAAGAGCUGCAUCAUGAAUUCGGGAGCAUCAGGUUCCAAAAACUUCAGUUCUUGCAGUGCAGAUGACUUUGAGAAGUUAACUUUAAAUAAAGGUGGAAACUGCCUUCUCAAUAUUCCAAAGCGUGAUGAAGCCUACAGUGCUCCUUCCUGUGGUAAUAGGUUGGUGGAUCCCGGGGAAGAAUGUGACUGUGGAACGCCAAAGGAAUGUGAAUCGGACCCUUGCUGUGAAGGAAAGACCUGUAAACUUAAAUCAUUUGCUGAAUGUGCAUAUGGUGCCUGUUGUCAAGACUGUCGGUUCCGUCCAGGAGGCACUUUGUGCCGAGGAAAAACCAACGAAUGUGAUGUUCCAGAGUAUUGCAAUGGUUCUUCUCAGUUCUGUCAGCCAGAUGUUUUUAUUCAGAAUGGGUAUCCUUGCCAGAAUAACAAAGCCUAUUGUUACAAUGGCAUGUGCCAAUAUUAUGAUGCUCAGUGUCAAGUCAUCUUUGGCUCAAAAGCCAAGGCUGCCCCGAAGGAAUGUUUCAUUGAUGUGAAUUCCAAAGGAGACAGAUUUGGCAAUUGUGGUUUCUCUGGCAAUGAAUACAAGAAGUGUGCCAUUGGGAAUGCUUUGUGUGGAAAGCUUCAGUGUGAGAAUGUACAACAAUUGCCUGUAUUCGGAGUUGUGCCUGCUAUCAUUCAGACUCCUGGAAAAGGUACCAAGUGCUGGGGUGUGGACUUCCAGCUUGGAUCCGAUGUUCCAGAUCCUGGUAUGGUGAACGAAGGCACCAGAUGUGAUGUUGGAAAGAUCUGUAGAAAUUUCGCAUGUGUAAAUGUUUCUGUUCUGAAUUAUGACUGUGACAUUCAGGAAAAGUGUCAUGGACAUGGGGUAUGUAAUAGCAAUAAAAAUUGUCACUGUGACAACGGCUGGGCUCCCCCCAACUGUGAGACUAAAGGAUACGGAGGAAGCGUGGACAGUGGACCUACGUACAAUGAAAACAAUGCUGCACUGAGGGACGGACUCCUGGUAUUCUUCUUCCUAAUUGUUCCUCUUAUUGUAUUGGCUGUUUUUGUCUUCAUUAAGAGAAACCAGCUACGGAGAAGCUACUGCAGAAGGAAGAGAUCACAGACAAAUGAAUCAGGUGGCAAAAAUCAAGGAAAAGAUUCUAGACAGCCAGCGAGUGUUCCUGGACCUGCUUCUUCAGUGACUCCUCCCAGAAACGUUCCUAUACAAACAAACAGAUUUCCAGUACCAACUUAUGGAGCCAGGCAGCCUCAGCAGUACCCAUCAAGGCCACCUCCACCACAGCCCAAAGAAUCAUUUCAGGGAAAUUUAGUUCCAGCUCGUCCUGCUCCUCCGCCUCCACCUCCUUUAUAUAGUUCCCUCACUUGAUUAUUUUUUUAGCCUUUCAUUUUGCAGACAUCUUCAGGGAACUGAGCUAAUACUUUCUUUUUUUUUCCUGAUAUUUUCUUGAAAAGCCUUUCUUCCUGCUGCAAUUAUGAAUGAAAACAAAAUACCACAAAACAGACUUUAUUAAUACAGAAAAACAGAACUUGAGUAGUGGGAAAUGAGAAAUAGAAGAAAUGCAGUAAA